UUUUAAACUGACUCACAAGCCCAAGCGCAUGCACGAUAGGCGAUAACGAUUUCAGACCUAACUGUGGGGGGUACUUGCUUUGGCAACAAAAGUAGGACAGGCACAGUGGAUCCAAAUUACCAGCACCAGAAAAUAUAUGACCGUGUCACUGCCACCCUGAGACCACCUUCAAUGCGAAAGAUCCAUUGUUCUCUCUAACACCAAACUGCAUCAAUAUACUGCCAAAGAAUACAAAAAGCACAAUGUAUCUCCGCGCCAUCCACGCGGAAUCCCGCAUCGCCUACCUCCACCAACUCAUCCGCGACAAUCCACUGGGCAUCCUCACCACCGCCAUUAAAUCCCCAUCCUACCCUCUCCUGCAGACCAGCCACAUCCCUUUCGUCCUCGACGUACCGGCCGACACCGACACCAACACCGACACUGACAAUGGCACAACCACAACCACAACCACAAACCUCGGCACCUUGCGCGGCCACAUGGCCAAACAGAACCCGCAAGCCAAAGCCCUAAUGGAAGCGCUCGCGGCCCACCAAACCCAAAGCACCGCGUCCGGCGCCCUCGAGCUCCCCGAUGAAGUCCUCAUCCUCUUCAACGGACCCUACCACCACUACGUCACGCCCAAGUUCUACACCGAAACGAAACCCGCCACCGGGAAGGUGGUGCCCACGUGGAACUACUCGGCCGCGCAGGUGUACGGCAAGAUCCGCGUGUACUGUGAUUCCAAGGCCCCCGAGACCGGGGAGUAUCUGCAACGGCAGGUGGAGGACCUGUCGCGGCAGGCGGAGACACGGAUCAUGGGGUACACGGACCAGCCGUGGGAGGUGCGGGAUGCGCCGGAGAGCUAUGUGGAGUUGCUGAAGAAGAACAUCAUCGGGAUUGAGAUCCGCAUUGAGCGGUUGCAAGGGAAGGUGAAGAUGAGUCAGGAGAUGGGGGAGGGGGAUCGCGAGGGGGUGGUGAGGGGGUUUGAGGCGUUGGGGAGCGAGGUGGGAACGGGGAUUGCAAGGACAGUGCGGGAGAGGGGGGAGAUGAGGGAGAGGGAGAAGAAGGUGCAGAGCGGGGAGGAUUGAUUGUGAUGAUGCUGAUGAUGAUGCUGUUUGACGGGGGGGCGAGAUGGGAGAUUCACGCGCUACUGUCCAUGUGAUUCUUCUCUUCCAUCUGGUCCUGGAGACUGUAGUGCAUCGUGUGCUGAGGAAAUCUAAGACAGACGAGAAGAGAGAUAUCAACCACUGUCCCCUUCC